UCCAGUUGAUAGAUUUUUGUGAAGUUGCAUGUUAAAUGGUAUCCUGUUUUGCUUAUAACAGCUUGAGUUUUUUAGAGAUAUUAACAUAAAAGAUUUGUAAGUAUUAUUUUUUCAUUAGAGAAAAAGAAAAUGCUGCAAAUGUUGAAUACCUGGCGGUACUUUCUGUAAGUCUCUCCACUCCCCACAUACCACUUGUCACACAGCUUUAGCUGAAUCCAGAACUUUACAGGUCCUCUUCUAAGGUUAGAACUUCUCUGCUACAUUACAGGGGUUGUGUCUUCUUGUUACAGAGUCUGAAUCUGAAGGUGCACGUUUACAAUCAUAUGUCAUUCUGGCCUACGUCGGAUUACAUUCUGAUUAUGUUCUAUUUUUUUCUGCAUUGAUUUCGGUUCCAUAAAUACACAACUUGAACUUCUCUCAUGUCCAUAAGCAGGGUGGUGUGCAUAUUCUUCUCAUCUCCAAGUGUUGCACAGGAUAAUAACAUGAGUAUUAUAUUGGCAAAAUAUCUAGACUACCUUCUGUAAACUUUACAUCAACAGCCAAUAAUUGUCAUCCUGUGGCUCACUCUACCUUCAUUCAUACCCACAGAUAGCUCUGUCACUAGCAUAGAAUUUAAUCCUAGUUCUGUUAGUCCUGUACUUCAAGUUUUGUGAUAAAACUCAUAUAAAUAUAAUUAGAAUGUAGAAUUCUGUGAUACUAUAUAGCCAAAGCAUGUCUUUCCAUUGAGGUUAGUUUUCCCUGUAACCAUCAACUGUGUCUAUUCUAGGCCAAAUCAAAUUGUUUUCUUUUGCAGCUCACGGUCACACAGAACAUCACAUUGUAACUACAGGAACAGACUCGACUGUGAAAGAUCUCUAUCAGGCAUCACAGAGAAUUUGAGGCAGAUGGCAGUUAUCAGCUGAAGCUGUUAGUUAGUAGAACUGUACAAGAUAAAUAGAUAAUUGAGACGCACUCUGGAAAGCUGGAAGAGAUAAUAAGCCUCUCUUCUAGAAGGGAGGUAACAACUCAGGGACUUAAGUCACAACAAAUUAUCUUCAAUCAAGACUGGUAUCUUGGAUCACCUUCAUAGUCUUCAGGAAGUGAAGCUGAACAACAAUGAGCUGGAGAUCAUUCCAGAUCUGGGACCAGUCUCAGCAAAUAUAACCCUUCUGUCUUUGACCAGUAACAAGAUUGCCAACAUUUUGUCUGAACAUUUGAAGCCAUUUCAGAGGCUAGAAACUUUAGACUUGAGCAACAACAACAUAUCAGAGCUAAAAAUUUCAUCAUUUCCAUCAUUGCAACUCAAGUAUCUGUAUAUUAACAGUAACCGAAUAACCUCUAUGGAGCCUGGUACCUUUGACAAUUUGUCUACCACACUUCAAGUAUUGAAACUGAACAGGAACAAAAUUUCAGCAAUUCCUCAAAAGAUGUUUAAACUGUCCCAUCUGCAGCACCUGGAGCUGAAUCGCAACAAAAUCAGAAAAAUAGAUGGGCUCACUUUCCAAGGACUUCCUGCUUUGAAAUCAUUAAAACUGCAGAGAAAUGGAGUUACGAGGCUCAUGGAUGGUGCUUUCUGGGGUUUGACCAACAUGGAAGUCUUGCAGCUGGACCAUAACAACCUAACAGAGGUAACCAAAGGCUGGCUUUAUGGCUUACUGAUGCUGCAGCAACUCCAUCUCAGCCAAAAUGCCAUAAGCAGGAUCAGUCCUGAUGCCUGGGAAUUUUGCCAAAAACUCAGUGAGCUAGAUUUGACAUUCAAUCAAUUAGCAAGGUUAGAUGAUUCAAGCUUCGUUGGUUUAAGUGUGCUGGUUGGUCUGUACAUUGGAAACAACAAAGUAAAUUACAUUGCUGAUUGUGCCUUCAAGGGACUUUCCAGUCUACAGAUUCUGGAUCUGAAAAACAAUGAAAUAUCAUGGGCUAUUGAAGAUAUGAAUGGUGCUUUCUCUGGCCUAGAUAAACUUAGGAAACUGAUACUCCAAGGAAACAGGAUUAGAUCCAUUACAAAGAAAGCAUUUUCUGGUUUGGAUGCACUUGAACACUUAGAUCUAAGUAACAAUGCAAUUAUGUCUGUUCAAGGAAAUGCAUUUUCACAAAUGAAGAAACUCAAAGAAUUGCACUUCAACACAUCAAGUCUCUUGUGUGACUGCCAGUUAAAAUGGCUACCACAGUGGAUGUCAGAGAACAACUUCCAGAGCUUUGUAAAUGCCAGUUGUGCCCAUCCUCAGCUGCUGAAAGGGAGAAGUAUUUUUGCUGUCAGCCUGGAUGGGUUUGUCUGUGAUGAUUUUCCUAAACCACAGAUCACUGUCCAGCCAGAAACCCAAUCAGCAAUUAAAGGCUCCAAUUUGAGUUUUGUGUGUUCAGCAGCCAGCAGCAGUGAUUCUCCAAUGACUUUUGCAUGGAAGAAAGACAACGAAUUACUGCAAGAUGCUGAAAUGGAGAAUUAUGCACACCUCCGGGCCCAGGGUGGAGAAGUGAUGGAGUACACCACCAUCCUUCGACUGCGCAAUGUUGAAUUCAGCAAUGAAGGGAAAUACCAGUGUGUUAUUUCAAAUCAUUUUGGUUCAUCCUACUCUGUCAAAGCCAAACUUACAGUAAACAUGCUGCCUUCAUUUACAAAGAUCCCCAUGGACUUAACCAUUCGAGCUGGGGCAAUGGCACGUUUGGAAUGUGCUGCAGUUGGCCACCCUAUCCCACAGAUCGCUUGGCAGAAAGAUGGUGGAACAGAUUUCCCUGCAGCACGCAAGAGGCGCAUGCAUGUCAUGCCUGAAGAUGAUGUGUUCUUUAUUGUUGAUGUAAAGAUUGAGGACACAGGUGUUUACAGCUGUACAGCUCAAAACACUGCUGGAAGCAUUUCAGCUAACGCAACGUUAACAGUACUAGAAACACCAUCAUUUUUGCGGCCUUUGCUGGAUCGAACUGUAACAAAAGGUGAAACUGCAGUCUUGCAGUGCAUUGCUGGUGGCAGCCCUCCACCCCGACUGAACUGGACUAAGGAUGACAGCCCUCUCGUGGUAACAGAAAGACACUUCUUUGCUGCAGGCAAUCAGUUGCUAAUUAUUGUGGAUACAGAUGUCGAAGAUGCUGGGAAAUACACUUGUGAAAUGUCUAAUACACUUGGAACUGAACGAGGCAACAUCCGUCUUAAUGUAAUUCCUACUCCCACCUGUGACUCUCCUCAAAACAUUGCCCCAUCACUCGAUGACGAUGGAUGGGCCACAGUUGGCAUUGUGAUCAUAGUUGUGGUUUGCUGUGUGGUGGGCACUUCCUUGGUGUGGGUGGUCAUCAUCUACCAAACCAGAAGGAGAAAUGAAGAUUGCAGCAUCACAAAUACAGAUGAAACAAAUUUGCCUGCUGACAUUCCAAGUUACCUGUCAUCCCAGGGGACACUGGCUGAAAGGCAGGAUGGAUAUGGCUCAUCUGAAAAUGGUAGUCACCAUCAGUUCCUCUCAUCUCCUGUAGGAGGGUAUUUCCUGCAGCAGAGAGACAGUAAUGGCAUUUGCCAUCUAGAUAACAGCAGUGAAACAGACUUGGAGGGUGUUGCAGAUCCAUUCCUAUGCCACUGUCUGGGGACUUCGGGGACUUUGUAUUUAAAAGGCAAUGCUUACAGUUCUGACGCAUUUGAAGCAUACAGUACAAGUUGCAGCCCUGACCAGAGAAUAGCAGGCUUGGGCCCUUCUGAGUCUGGAUACUUAAAGAAAAAGGAAUGCUAUCAAUACUUGCCUCCACAGGAAGAUCCCUUUGACCAGUGUGUUGGCAUUAUUGGGACACAGGCUACAAGUAGCAGAUUGAUGAACUCUAUUUAUACUCAAAAUGAAGGAACUGGACUGAAAAGCAAAAGUCUCAACUCAGACACAUUUGAUUUAAACAGAAGUUUGGAACCCUCAUCUAUUAUGAGUAACAGCACUUUCAUGGGAACAUUUGGAAAGCCUUUAUGGAGGCCUCAGCUGGACUCUCUUUCAAACUGUAGACAGCCAGCAAAUUGCCAACCAAAAACACCCCAUAAUAGUCAUCAUGUCUCAUUGGACUUUGAUGCAGAGGCAGAAGAAGAGGGAAAGGAAAGAGCAGUUUCUAGAAGAGAAAAUAGCUUUUAUACUUGCAAACAGUCAUUUGAGAACUUUAGGACUUCUACAUUCCAAUCCUGUGAUUCGGAUACAUAGCUCCUUUUGGACUGAAUGAUUUCUGGAACUAAAGAAAUAAUUUGACAUACUACUACCUCAAUAUGGAACUUUAUUUAAAAAGGGAAUGAGGAGAAGAAGGGAAGAAAGAAACCACAUGAUGCUCUGAAAUCAGAAGAAAAGAAAUAUAUUUUUUUCCAAUAAAGCAUAAUUUCCAAGAUGUUCUACAUUAGUUAUAUAGGGAAAAAAAUCCUUAUAAAAAUUAUAUUUGUAAUUAUUUUAUAGCCUUUUUUAUGCAAAUAAUAUGUUUUGUAAAUUAAUGAUGUAAAUAAUACAGUGUAUGUAUUUCUAUGUCAGACUUCAUUUUCUUGAAAUGAGUAGUAACCAUUCUAAUUUUGUACUGUACCUGUACCUUUUUACAAAUGGAAACUCCAUGCUGUUUGCAGGUAUCAUGCAUCUUAUUUGCACAUUACUUUAAUAAAAUAUGCUGCCAUGUGGUCUCUGACCCACA